AUGGCCGCGCGCGGCGCGAGCGCCGUCGCCAUGCCCUUCAACGUCGGCUGCGGCCUCGCGGGCGGCGAGUGGCCGGCGUACCGCGCGAAGCUCGACGCGUUCGCCGCGCGCUACGCCGUGUCCGUCAAGCUCUACGACCGCGAGCGCGCGUCCCUCGGCGGCGGCGGCCCGUCCGGCGCGUCCCGGGCCACGCGCGAAUGCGUCGACUGCCGCCGCCCGCUCUCGGCGCAGGAGCCCGCGUGGAAGGUCCGCUGCUACGGCUGCUGGAAGGCGAACACGCCAGCGCUGGUCGCCUCGUCGCAGGCGUUCCAGAGCCCUAAACCGCAGCUACGUCACCUCCGGCCAUUGCAGCAGCAGCAGCAGCGCGCGCCGCGAAGCGCACCAGCGCUGCCGGCGAGCCGGCUCGCCGAGGCUCUGUCGCCGCGCUUCAGCGCGCUCGACGGCCGCAUCGCCGCCGUCGCGGUGCCGGCCAUCUUCUCGCUCGUCGUCUUUCCCCUCGUCGGCAUGGUCGACACGUUCUUCGUCGGGCGCAUGGGCGACGCGAUCUCGCUCGCGGGCAUGGGCGCGGCGAACGCGGCGUACUCGGCCGUCUUCUUCGUGCUCGCGGUCGUGCCGACGCUGACGGCGCCCAAGGUCGCGCGCGCGAAGGGCCGCGGCGACGAUGAGGGCCUGAGACGAGCGGUCCGCGACUCGCUCUGGGUCAGCGGGGUGACCGGUUUGCUCGGCACGAUCUGCCUCUGCGGCUUCCCGGUGCAAUUCCUGGAGGCCAUCGUCCUGCCGCAGGGCGCGCCGGCGGUGCAGCCCGCGGCGGACUACUUGCGGCUCCGCGCGCUCGGCUUUUUGCCCGCGCUCCUGUCGAGCACGUGCUUCGCGGCCUACCGGGGGCUGCUCGACACGCGGACGCCGCUCCGCAUCUCGCUGGCCUACAACGCGCUCAACGCGGUCCUCGACCCGCUGCUCAUCUUCCCCGCGGGCCUCGGCGUCGCCGGCGCCGCGCUCGCCACGGCGGCCUCAGAGCUCGCGGGCUGCCUCGUCUACCUCGAACUCUUAAGCCGGCGCGUCGGCGGCCCGCGGCUCGCGAAGUCGUUCUGGCGCCGCGCCCCUACAAAAAAGGCGCUCGCGGCGCUCGCGACGGGCGGCGCGGCCAUGCAGGCGCGGCAGCUGGCGCUCAACGGCGCGUUCGCGUCCGCGGCGCGCGCGACGCAGGCCAUGGACGCGACGGGCGUCCAGGCCGCGGCCUACGCGAUCUCGCAGCAGUUCUGGCUCCUCUGCGGCGUCGCGCUCUUCGCGCUCCAGUCGAGCGCCGCGGCGCUCGUGCCCGCGGCGCUCGGCGACGGCUCCGGCGCGGGCGACGCGGCGCGGCUCGCGGACCGGUGCUUGGCCUGGGGCCUCUACGUCGGCGCGGCGCUGGGCGCGUUGCAGGUCGCGGCGCUGCCGCUGAUCCGCCUCUUCUCGCCGCUGCCGGCCGUCGUCGACGCGGCGACGACGCCCGCGCUCCUCAUGGCGCUCGCGCAGCCCGUGAACGGCGUCGCGUUCGUCGCCGAGGGCGUGCUCCUGGGCCUCGGGCGCUUCGGUUUCCUGGCCGCGCAGACCGCGCUCGGCGCGUGCGCCAUGCUCGUCGGGCUCCGCGUCGCCGACGCGAAGCACGCGGGCCUCGCGGGCGUCGUCGCGGCCAUCUUCGCCUUCAACCUGGUGCAGGCCGUUGCCGCGCUCCUCCACCACCUCCGCCUCGGGCCCCUCGCGGGCCGCGCGGCCGACUGCGCGCCCGCCGUCGGCGGGGGGCGCGCGGAGCAGGUCUGCGUCGUCGACGACGACGACGCAAGUGCAACCACGUAA